GGCUUGCGGCCUCAAGAUGGCGUCGAGGACAUGACACACCUGUCCGACUUGGACGUGGCAGGCAUCAACACCAACUUGCGCGUGCGCUUCAAUCGCGACGAGAUAUAUACCUUCACUGGCUCCAUUCUGGUUGCUGUCAACCCGUACAACGGCAAAAAGCUUGGCGAGCUCAAGCCUCACGUCUUUGCCACGGCCGAAGCCGCCUACGCAAAUGUCCAGGCCGCCGACAUCAAUCAGAGCUGCAUCAUUAGUGGUGAAUCAGGCGCCGGCAAGACGGAGACAACAAAGUUCAUUCUUCAGUACCUCUGUGCCGUGACGUCCAGCGUCUCCAACUGGGUGGAGCAGCAAAUUCUAGAAGCCAACACCAUUCUUGAAGCGUUUGGCAACGCCAAGACCGUGCGCAACGACAAUUCGUCUCGCUUUGGCAAGUUUAUUCAAGUUUGCUUUGACCACAAAUGCGAGAUUCGCGGCUCUGUGAUUCAGGAGUAUUUGCUCGAGCAAUCGCGCAUCACCAACAUCCAACCAGAUGAGCGAAGCUAUCACGUGUUUUACCAGUUGCUAGCUGCUGGUGACCGGCAACGCUUUCACCUCAUGGAGCCCGAAGCCUACCUUUACCUCAAUCAGAGCAAUUGUUACAAGCUUUCCAACUUUUCCGAUGCCCAGGCGUACGACGAUCUGCGCCAAGCCAUGACAGUGCUGAACAUUAGUGAUGACAUGAUGGAUGGCAUCUUCUCCCUCGUCUCGGCUGUGUUGUGGAUUGGCAACCUACACUUCAAGGACGUGGAUGGCGAAUCGGUUCAGUUGACUCCAGAGGACGAGAAGAUUGCCGGCACCGUUGCCGAAUUGCUCAAGAUUGACGCCAAACAACUCAAGGAGAUUCUGGUCAACCGCACCAUUGUCGUGCGUGGCAACAUCACCACCAUCCCCCUCAAAUUGGACGAUGCCCACGAGAACAAAAACGCCAUGGCCAAGGCGUUGUACAGUCGUACUUUUACCUGGCUCGUUGACAGCAUCAAUCGUACUACCAACCCUGGUGACUCCCGCAGCAAAUUCAUUGGCGUUCUUGAUAUCUUUGGGUUUGAGAACUUUGCCACCAAUAGCUUUGAGCAGCUCUGCAUCAACUUCACGAAUGAAAAGUUGCACAAGUUUUUCAAUCACUACGUUUUUGCCAUUGAGCAGGAGGAGUAUCAACGCGAAGGCAUUGACUUUGCCCACAUCAACUUUACGGAUAACGCGGAAUGCCUGGAUCUGAUUGAGAAAGGGAACAAGUGUGUGUUACGCCUGUUGGACGAAGAAUGCCGUUUCCCGAAGGGCUCUGAUCAAUCAUACUUGGAGAAGCAGCACGCUGCCCUGGCCGACCAUCCGCACUACAUCAAGGGCGAGAAUAAAGCUCGUUGGGACAAGGAGUUUGGUAUCCGCCAUUUUGCCGGCGCCGUGGUCUACGCCAUUGACGGCUUCCUGGACAAGAACCGUGAUACUCAGCAGGACGCCCUUUUCAACCUACUCAUCGACUCAUCCGAUGCCUUUGUCUGCGACUUGCAUCGCUUUCAAGACAUUUUGGCGAACGAAAACGCCAUUGGCUCUGGAAUAUCACGCCAGGGGUCUGUGCGCAGCGGCUCAGUCCGUGGGCGCUCAGGUACGGAGACAACGCGCAAGGCCAAGCCCACUGUAGGUGACACAUUUCGCCGGCAGCUUAACCUUUUGGUUGAGGUCCUCGAGAGUACCACACCGUGGUACGUGCGCUGCAUCAAGCCCAAUGCCGCGAAGAGUGCCGGCAAAUACGAGCAGGACAUGGUAGAGGAGCAGCUCAAUUAUUCUGGCAUGCUGGACAUUGUCCGCAUUCGCAAGGAGGGCUUUCCCAUUCACGUGCCUGCCGAGAAGUUUGUCGAGAAGUACCAUGCCAUGGCUCGGGUCAUGGGCAAGGCUUUGCCCACCGAUCCCAAAAGCGCUGUCAAGCAGAUCCUGCAAUACAUCAACGCCCCGCCCACCGAAUGGCAGGUUGGCCAGACCAAGGUCUUCCUGCGCAACUCUGUCUUUGAUCCGCUCGAGGCAGCCCUCCGUAGCUUGCUGGAGAAGCGCGUGAUUUGCCUGCAGGCCGCUACCCGUGGCAUGCUGGCCCGCCGCAAGUACCAGCGAACCAUGUUUGCCGUCACUCGACUGCAGGCUGCAGUACGUGGUGCCGCCAUUCGCUGGCGCUUCCUUGCCCAGCGCCGGGCUGCCGUGACCAUCCAGUCCUAUGUGCGUGGCUGGUUCGCGCGUGAGCUUGUCAAGGAGUUGCGUCGCAAACGCCGCGAGGAAAUGGAUCGCCGGCGUCGCGAGGAGGAGGCGCGGCGCGCAGCAGAGGCUCGCGCACGCGGCGAGGCGGAGAUGGAACAAUCAUUUUUGGCAGCACAAGAGGAGCUGCAGGCGUUGGCCAAGGCUGCAGAGUUGCAAGCAGCUGCCUCGGGUUCUGGCACGGGCAUGGAUGACAUCUCCUCCAUGUUCUCCUUCAUGGCCGGUGCCAGCGAGGUGGUGAUGAGCAAGCAGCUGGAUCUCUUAAGCAAAAUGUCUGCGGAGCUUGACGCCGUGUUGGCAGGCGAGGUUCCCCGUGGUCAGCCUGGAGCGCGUACAGUCCGGCGUCGACAGCGCGUGGAGAAGCAGCUUAGCCUCCAAUCGCUCGAGCCAGGUCCAGUACCGGCAGCCGCUCCAGUGGCCAACGUGGGAGGCAUUGCUGCAGCAGGCCCCGUGCGCGCAGCCCCAGCCGCUGCAGCAGACGACAACUUCAAUCCGGCAGACUACAGCAUGCUGGUGUAUGCCAAACGUUACUUCAACGACCACCCGAGCAAUAUGAGUGCCAACACCAUGGCACGUCGUGCGCCCACGUUGCGACGCGGUGAGAAGGCCGUCGACGACCCCAUUCCCAAGGAGGAGAUGAUUGUGUACUCCAAGACAGCCAUGCUGCCCACCUCGAUGGUGCACAUGCACAACCCUGAGAACGUGAAUCUGGCCUGCAGCGUCUGGAAGGACCUCAACAAGCAGCUUCGUGGCGAGCUUAAAGACGCACAAGUGGCUCAAAGCACCCAGUCCAUCGUUGCGUACUGCCUUGAGCGCCCGGAGCUGCGCGACGAGGUGUACUGCCAGCUCAUUCGCCAGUGCACCAACAACCCCAGUCCAGAGGAGCAACGUCGUGGCUGGGAGCUGCUCUGCAUCUUUGUCGUGUCCUUCCCCCCAAGCAAGAUGCUGUACAAGUACCUGCAGGCUUUCAUGAAGCUGGCCACGCGCGACUCGGUGGUGAAGCGCUACGCCGCCUGGGCGUACGAAUCACUCAAGCAUACCAAGAUGAAUGGGGCACGCCAGCGCUACCCUUCCACUCUCGAGAUGACGGCCAUUCGUCGCCUCGAGCCUGUCGUUGUCAGAUUCUUCUUCGAAGACGACAAGGUCAAGGCCCUGGGCGUGCACUCGACUUGGACCGUGAGUGAUGUCGUCGACGCCAUUGCCAACAAGAUCGAUCUCAAGGAUCCGGAUGGCUGGGCCCUUUUCGAGACCAACCCGGACGAGGAGCAUUAUGUUCGUGGGCAAGACUACCUUGGCGACAUUCUCUCGCGCUGGGAGUCCAAGGCUCGUAGCUCGAUGCAAAUGAGCAAAUACGCCACCAUGUCACGCAGCAAGGCAGCCUCGGCCAUCUCCCAGGCCCUGGGCGGGGGCGACAGCCGCUUUGUCUUCCGAAAGCGCCUCUUUCGCAAUCCCAAGCAUAUCCCAGAUGACCCAGUGGAGUAUGGGUUGGUGUAUGCCCAGGCCGUACGCAGCGUCGUCCGCCAUGACGAAUUCCCGGUUAAUGAAAAGGUGGCGCUUCAACUUGCUGGCCUGCAGGCCCAAGUUUUGUGGGGUGAUGCCGAUGCGGCCAACAUGGCGCGCUACGAAAAACCCGAAGACUACCUGCCCGAGCGCAUCCGGGAGAACAACGCGGACGUGGCUUUCUGGCAGCAGGAAUUGUACCGGGCCCACCGCGAGUUUGGCUUUGGUAUGACGGACAUCAAGGCCAAGGUCCUGUACUUGACGGCAGUCAAGCAGUACCCACUCUACGGUGGUAGCUUCUUCGACGUGCAGUUCAAGGGCUUUUGGUCGCAUCCCACCAACGUCAUGGCCACCGUACACGUGGAUGGCUUCAAGUUUGUGCACCCCAAGACUAAGGAGGUCCUUGCGGAGUACUCGUACGAGCAGCUGGCCAACAUCGAGGUCAACAAUUUUGAUGACACCAUUACUUUCAACCUCGAGGGCAUGUCUGAGGUGGAAAACAGCCACCUCAUGUUCUAUUGUGCCCGCCGCGAGGAUUUGGCCAACCUUAUCGCGUCCUACUCACCGCAGCACCGCAAUUGGAAGAAGGUGGGGCAGGCGGCCGUGCCCCAGCAGCGCAAGGUGACGCAGGACGACAAAACGCGCCUGCACAACGAGAUGCUGCAAGCGCGCAAGGCCUUGGUGGACAGCGGUGCCAUGCUCAAGCCGCCCGAGUCAAAGGGAUUUUUGGGUACGACGCUGCGCCGGCGUCGCUCAAGCAAGGCGGCCGAGGCAGAGAGCAGCACAUACGAGCGCGAUUUUCCCGAGCGCUUCUGGGCCUACUCCAAGUCCAAGCUGCCGCAGCCACUCUCGGUGAUGGAUUCAGAAGACUCACAAGAGAUGGCUCUACGCAUCUAUGCUUCCCUUCUGGUGUACGCUGGCCUCGCCAGCACGGGCGGCUACGAGACGCCCGGCGACGUCAAGCACUAUCAGCUCGUACAGAAUGUGAUUGGCCGGUGCCUGGAGAAGGAGGACGUGUGUAACGAGACUUACCUCCAGCUCAUCAAGCAGACGACGGAUCAGCCAGAUGUGGACAGCCGCAUCAAUGUACAAAACUGGCGCAUGUUUGCCUUGCUCUUGGGUGUGGUGGUACCGCGUGACAAAGAGGUGCUGGCCUACAUUACGGCGCACCUUCGUUCUCGAGGCUUGGACAUGGCGUCGGAGGAGGGCAAGUGGGCGCAGUUCUGCCGCACGGUCAUGGCGCGCACGCUGCAGAACAAGAAUCGCAAGUAUCCACCCUCACAGGUGGAAAUUGAUUGUGUGUCGGCCAUGCAGCCGAUUCAUGCACGGUUUUAUUUCAUGGACGGCGAGUUUCGUGCGCUCAAGUUUGACUCGGCGGCCACCACGAGCGAGGUGGUAGCUACCAUUAAGGAGCGCAUGGGCUUGAGCUCGGCCGUGCAGGGAUUUUCUCUCUUUGAAGUGUUUGGAACGCUGGAGCGUAACAUGCUAGCCUGGGAAAAGGUGGGCGAUGCCAUCUUCAAGUGGGAAAAGUAUGCCCGCAGCACUCGCUCGGACAAGCAACUGCAGCUCACCUUUAAAAAGCGCCUCUUCUUGGGCAGCCCGGGCAUCCCGGACAACACGACGGAGUUUGAUUUGACGCUCUUCCAGGCCUUGAACGACGUUGUGCAAGAUCGCUUCCCCGUGUCUGAGGACGAGGCGGCUUAUCUGACGGCGCUGCGCGCCCAGGUAGACCUUGGGGAUUAUCAGCCGGGUCCUGCUGCCCAGGUGUACGGUGAUCUCCUGCAAAAAUAUUUGCCCAAGCAUUUGACGUCGGUGGUGCAACCUGAGGACGUGGCCAUGCAUCACCAGAAGCUGCGCGGCGUCAGCAAGCAUGAUUGCAACACGCGCUACUUGAAGGUGGUGCAAGCCUGGCCCCUGUAUGGAGCCACCGUGUUUGAAGUUAUGCAGUCGUACACAACCAACUUGCCAAAGAAUUUGUGGUUGGCUGUUAACGAAGAGGGCGUGCACAUUAUGCGUCGCCGUGCCAAGGAGCCGCUGAUCUCAUAUGCUUACAAGAGCAUCGUCAACUACAGUCCUUCUUUGCGCAAUCUCAUGUUGGUGACAGAGUCGUUGACACGAGGUACCAAGUACGUGUUCAACACGAGCCAGGCAUCACAGAUUGCGCACUUGAUUAAGGACUACACCCACAUUAUCUUGCAGAAGCGCCAAAAGGCCAAGGGCGACGCUGCUGCGAGUGCAAUGCCAUGA